AUGGUAUCAGACCAGGUGUACGAGCUUUGUCGAAGCCCACACAGCGUGAGCUCCGAAUUAGCCAAGAACCCGGCUGAGGCACCCUCAGAUGUUGCCAAGCGGCUGUACGGCUCAUCUACUGAGGCCGCAGCAGCAAAGGCUGCCGUUGGUGCGAAUGGAGUCAGCCCGACUGACUUCGAGCGUGCUUUCGAAUGUGGCAGAUGGGGCCCAAGUAGGCCAAGCCAGCUUUUCCUAAAGAUCUACCACGAUGUACUCAGCACCUACGAGACGGACCCACUGGUCAAUGUCUGCUCACCAUCUCUGACUGGCAGCCAUGGCGUGUGUCCGUUGACGAUCAUCAGUACCAUUCCGGACAUUGCGCGACACAUGUCCAAUCUCAUAGUGAGGGCCGAGCAUGAAGUCUUCUUGGCGACAAACUACUGGAUGCAUUCAGAAGCGGCGAGUCUGAUCGCUAACGCACUGAAAGAACUGUCCAGAAGAUGCAUUGAAGCCGACCGAAGAGUUGUGGUGAAGGUCAUAUACGAUAGAGGCAACGUCAAGCAGGUAAUGAAAAAUCAUCAGCGAGUAUCAGAAUCAGAAUAUGCAGACCCCAAUGGCGCUAUCCGCUUACCUCACCCACGUGAGAUACCGAACGUUGACCUCACUGUCAUCAACUACCACCGACCAAUACUAGGAACAUUCCACGCGAAAUUCAUGAUCGUCGAUCGGAAGAUUGGCAUUGUGCAGAGUGACAACAUCCAAGACAACGACAACCUCGAGAUGGCGGUGCAGCUUGAGGGUCCGAUAGUUGAUUCGCUUUACGACACUGCUCUGAUUACCUGGAACGAUCCACUCGUCCCGCCUCUGCCGUGCCUCAAUGCCCCUGCAACAGGGUCAUUGGGUCCAACGUUUCAGCUCGGUGCGCAUGGGUCCUUAUUUGAUAAGGAAGGCAGCUUGGUCAAUAGUUACCACAGUACCAACGCGGCCAGAGGACAGAUCGACUUGACAGAUGCAGCAGCAGAUGCCUCGAGGACGACGUUAGAACAGCACACUUCCACGACACCGCACUAUGAUGCAGAUCUGGCGAGCGAGAUGCUGAGAUCGAUAGCCGCCAUGAACCCAGAAAAGGAGGAACGACGGAUAGACAUGGUGGCCCGGCACCUGAACACGGUCAAGGCGAAUGACACUGUCGCGAACGCGCCGGACACGACAGAGGCACACGAGAUCAUGACUCCCCUUAUCCCAAUCCCGAUGCAUGAUCCGAUUCCGAUGGCGAUGGUAUCCCGGCCUCCGUUUGGUACACCAUCGUUCGCGUCGCUUAAGGUUCCUCAGAACAAGGCAUUCAUGUCCGCGCUCCAAAACGCCACCAAGUCAGUUCUGAUUCAAAGUCCCGAUCUCAACGCACAAGACCUCUUGCCUGAGCUCGUUGCCGCCGCCCGACGCGGUGUCCACAUUAGCAUCAUCACCUGCCUGGGUUACAAUGACUCUGGGGAGCUCCUUCCUCUGCAGGGCGGCCACAACGAGGGUGUUGCCCACAAGCUGUACACCAUGCUUGAGCUGGAGCACCACAAGAACCUCGAUAUCUACCAUUACAUCGCCAAAGAUCAGGUGGCGCCUAUCCACAACAGUUUCAAACGUCGUUCGUGCCACAUUAAAUUGAUGAUUGUGGAUGAUCACAUUGGCAUCUGCGGUUCUGGCAAUCAAGACAGCCAGAGCUGGUAUCACAGUCAGGAGAUCAAUGUCAUGUUGGAUAGCCCGCUGGUCGUGGGGAAGUGGCUGGAGGGCAUCAGAAGGAACCAAAACACUUUCAAGUACGGUCUGGUGCGGAAGGGGGAUCCAAAUACGGAUAAACUGGUGGGUUGUUGGGUCGACGGGGAGGGCAAGAUGGCAAAGGGGGCAAUAGGUGUGGAUCCGGGACGCUUUAGCUGGCUGCAAGGGAUGAAAGGUGCUGUACAGCGCGUGAAGGGUGACGGUGGCUUUUGA